CGAGGAAUUAGAGCGAUUUCGGUCCAUAAUUAUAUCAACUUAUUGGGAAUGAGAGCACAUUAUAAUAAAAGGAAGUAAGAAGCUUCUGUAUCUAAUACGUGUGAUCUGGAGAGAACGAAAAAGAAAAAUUAUCGCUAACGACAAAACGUAUUAUAACAGGCAAUAUUUUUGCCAUGAGAUAAUGUUCUAGCUCCCGAAACUUGAUAAAAAUGAAUAUCUUUGAGCAAGUCUCCCCCACCCCCAUGGUUUACCCAGCCUCCCCACCUAUCUGAGAAAGAAAUUCAGAUUUUCGGGGCGUGAAAACGGGACCCGUAAGCUACAAAGCAAGAUCGUUUCCUCAUAGCAUCAGUAUUCCUGUGGACAGUGAAAGUGCUGGAAUUUGUCAUACUACUGUUUCCUCCAGUAGACAACCUUUGUUAACAGGUCCAUCGUUGGCGUGAAAUGCGGGUUUUCACUUUCCUGUUGCUUCUUGGGGUUCGGAGUGGAUGGGCCAGAGAGGUGUGCGACAAAGACAAAGGCCCGACAGGUCUCAUCGAAUGCUUAAAAAUCAAGGGUUACCAGGGAGAGUACCAGUGGGCAACCUGCUUGACAUCAGACCAUAUCCUAGAAAAAAGUGACCGCGAUCACAUCUGUGCAGACCGCACUCGACACUAUUGCUGGUACAAGUGCAUGUCCGAGCUGCAUCGCAGAAGUUCAGGCUCCGUGUCAGACGAUUGCGCCUGUUACCCGCAGGCCCCUCCCAGUAUCAUCCCGCCUCAAGAGUGCUACAGCCCUGCUGGAAAUUCCUGUUAUUGGUAUCGUAAUUGCUUUGAAAGGAGAAUUUUUUGCAAACCUUCAGGCAAUGCUUACGUCAUAAGAUAUGCCGAGAGGUUUUGCAGAGUGUUCGAAGAACAAAAGGCCAAAUUAAGUCCAGACGCGCAGAAGUGGAUGGAGGCUGUCCGUAAAUGUCAACAGGUUGCUAUGGCACCUUUGCUGAGGGACUCAGAAAAUCAAACUUGUAACGCAAUAAGAGGGAAAGCUCUUGCUUCUUACACUCAAUGCUACUUGAAUCCAGGUGAAGGAGCGAAGUCGAUUUGUGACGUCUUUUGUUGGGAUCACUUCAAGAUAUUCUGGGCAAUCAAGGGAUCGUUCCUCAAGCUGGAUACAGCUUGGGAGUCUCUAAAAGGAUUGUGGAACAUAGGAACCCAGUGUUCUUCGCCCAUCAGCCAAAUGGACUGUUUCGAACGAAACUUAAAGAAUGUGAUCAAACUUUUGAAGCUAAAUGUGGAAAAUCUCAUGCGACGAAAGAGGCGUUCACCAGGUUCUCUUUCAAAUAAUGAUAUUUUAAGUCGGUUCGCUGAUGGAGUUGGUGAAGCCAUUGCAAGUUCCUUGAAGUGGAACACAAAUGUGAUGGACUGGCUCGCCUACACUUUAAAUUGGGUUAGUCUUGGUAAUGUGGACAUCAUCAUGGCCAUGGCAGACAUAAAAGCCCUGGGUAUCGUCACUGCUCCCAUCGAAUCAGUUAGCUUCGAACAGACUGUUAACGACUUUGCUUCAGCCGUAAAAAAGGGUACUCUUCGACUGCAGGUGGAUGGAUACAAUGUUUGGAUCAAGUCUUUGGCUGUGUGCUCCGAUAAAUCAUGUGUCAAAACCCGGACACUUGCAGUUUCAAAUAAGCCUCCUUGGAAUGGUGCCACUCGAAUUUCUCACGGUAACGGUGGCUUGUUUGCAGUCAUUGCCAUGGUGAUCAUGUUGAUAGACAAACUGUUAUUGUAACGUGAAGAUCGAUCAUGUUUAUGAUGAUCGCCUUUUUGGAUAAGCUGGUGUCUUUUACUUAUAGCAGGUGUACUUUACUAACCAUCUAAAUAGUGUAGACAACAAUAUGAAAGUUCAACGUUCUCUUUUUUUGUUUAUUCAUAUAAUUACUCAAGAGGGUCGAAGAGUGCUUAGACUCCCACGUGACAGAAGGGAUACUUGUGAUUUAUUUUUGGACUGUAAAUUGUAGUAUCAAUUAGGGAUUUUAGAAUGGAUAGAACCCUCAAUAUGCUCAGUAUCAAGUACUGCCUUUAUGGUAACACGUGAAGAAACAAAACAAUCAAGUUUACUGUAUCGUUGCUUUGGAUCAAUUAGUCAUGAAUUCUUAAUGGAACAUUCAAUGGUAAUAUUUUAUUGUAAUUAAAGCUGCUUUAGCUAUUAUCUCUCAGCAUUUUUUAAUUUUAUAGUGUUUUUUUGGGGGGAUGCAAUAAAGCCUGUGCCCCGGAAAGAUUGGUUUUAUUUAGGGGAUUCAAAAUUUUUGAGGGGAGCUCUACUCAUCUAACAUGGGACAGUGAAAAUGCACGACCGGAUUCGUAAGUGUUUUUAAGAAAGCUGCGCAGUGAAAAACGAAUCAGAUUUUUCCAAUUAUGAGUGAAGAAAAUUAACUGUUUACAACGAUAUCAGUCCACCUUCUGGGAACCACACUUUAAUGUGUACUCGUAGCUCGUGUAGUUUGAUCGUCGUGGUGAGGAUAGAAUCACAUUUCAC